GGAGUGGUAACAACAUUACGACUUCUGUUUUCUUUCAAUUAUUCGCUUUUCUAUCAGGAAAUUUAUUCAAAAUGAGCCAACUAUGGAACCCAGCAAAAUCGGUACUGGAGAACCUACCCGAUGACAUUAAGUCUAAGCUAUCAUUUGACACCAAGGCAACUUCAACACGUCAUGUACAUCCGGGUACAGAACCUUUAGUUCCUCCAGUUACGCACUCAAGUACCUAUCUGAUGACCAGCGUUGAUGACUACUUACGUAUUCUGAAAGAAUCGGGCUAUAUUUACGGGCGCCUCGGUACACCGAAUUCAGACGCAGUAGAAUGUGCGAUAAAUGCUCUGGAAGAAGGAGCAGGUACUCUUGUUUUCGGUUCCGGUAUGGCAGCCAUUAGUGCUGCUCUGAUUUGCUUCCUGAAAGCCGGAGAUCACGUGGUUUGCCAAAAUCCUUGCUACAGCGCCACCUAUGAUAUGCUUGACAAGAUACUAGCAAAGUUUGGAGUUGAAACUUCAUGGGUUCCUGCCGGUUGCAGUGUAGAAGAGUACAGAAAGAAGAUAAAACCGAACACAAAGUUACUUUAUGGAGAAACACCAUGCAAUCCUAAGCUAACAAUUCUUGAUUUGCAGGAAUUUGGACAACUCGGAGCCUCUGAAGAAAUAAUAACGAUUGUUGACGGAACAUUUGCAAGCCCCUUCUGUCAGCAGAGUCUCAAGUUCGGUAUUGACAUAUCAAUGCAUAGCUGUACAAAAUAUCUAGGAGGUCACAGUGACCUGACGGCUGGUUGCCUCACUUUCAAAAAGGUUGAACACUGGAAAAUGAUGAAGAGAUACCAGAGUACAUUGGGAAUGCAGUUGUCUCCGCAUGAUGCCAGUUUGUUGCUUCGUGGUAUCAAAACCAUUCAUGUACGUAUGCCGCGACAUGAAUCAAACGCGAUGAAAAUAGCGGCGUUCCUUGAAAAACACCCCAAAGUCGAAUUUGCAAGAUUUCCAGGUCUAGAGUCACAUCCACAGCAUGCUUUAGCUAAGAAACAAAUGACGUGUUACAGUGGAAUGAUUGCUGCGGAGAUAAAAGGUGGUAUCGAUGGUGGAAAAGCAUUUGUUGAGAAUUUACAUUUAGCACAGUUAGCGGUAUCUUUAGGUGGUGUCGAAACUCUUGUUGAACAUCCAGCAACAAUGACACAUGGUCCAAUGAUCAUGUCAGAUGAAGAGAGAGAAGAAGGCGGGAUAACUCCGGGAUUAGUUAGAAUUAGUAUCGGACUGGAGGAUCCCGAUGAUUUGAUCAGAGAUUUUCAACAGGCAUUAGACAAAGUGAAAGAAUGAUUGUGUGAAGCAGACAUGCUUAAUCAGGAUUUGUGUUGACCUGAGAUAACCCGCACGUAAUGACACGAAGCAAAUGCAAAUUAUUUGUUCCUGAUGGUACUUUGAAUCGCACACUGUAUGUAUGUGUAUGUACAGUGGUCAAAAAUUGUCAUAUAAAUUAAUAGAUAUAUACGUUUAUAAUCAUUGAAUAAAAUCUGUUUUCUCAUGUUACAGUCAUGUAAGAACGCGGGAAUAAACUGGCCAAAAGUUA